CAGGAGUGACUUUUCCACCCCCAUCCGCACAUCGCUAGUCACAACGUAUCCAAAACAUAAAAUAAUAUUGUCAGUGGCUGUCUAAUCAAACAAGGGAUCCAUCAGGACGUCAUUCAAAUACGGCGGAGUCGAUUUUCUAUGCUUCAUUUUCAAAUGACUUCCUAAAACUAUGGUGUACCUAGACUAAAAGAAUUAUUAAUCAAUGCUCCAGAUUUAUUCACCGGAGAUUAAAAAUCAAGUGAAUUCUUUCAAGUGGAUUUCAAUUUUGCUGUGAUCAAAAUAUUACCCAUCGGCGGAGUGACCAAGAUGAAUUUACAUGAGCCGGUCGAUAUGCUGAAUAAGACCUUUGAUGAUCUUACACCAGAGGAAAAGAUGAGGAUCGAACAUAUAAAACUUCACGAGAAGCACAAGGGUCAUGAAUCCAUGCAUGCGGAAAUGGUUGUCAUCCUGCUGGUCACACUCAUCAUAGCCCAGGUCGUACUAGUCGAAUGGAAAAAGCGACACUACAAAUCAUACUCGCUCAUGACAUUACUGGGACUGUGGUUGAUACCUUUUGUGCUAAGUUUGCGCAGCCAAUAUUGGCGGUUUAUUUUCUUCUGGCUAAUAUUCAGCUGUAUCACAGCGUUGGUUAUGCGGAAAGCGAUGAAAAAACCUGUAGCCGGUACCACUCCGCGAUUGGUAUACAAAUGGUUCUACUUCAUCUAUAAACUGAGCUACGGACUGGGAAUAAUCGGUUACAUCAUCAUGAUGUUUACCUUUUUUGGACUGAACUUCGUCUUCAAUCAAGCUCCAAAUGUGUGGAUGGAUGUUGGACUGCUGUUUGUAUUUUAUGGGUUGUAUUAUGGAGUUCUCGGGCGUGAUGUUUCAGAGAUAUGCACAGAUAAGAUGGCGGCUCACAUAGGGUAUUAUACUCCGAAAGGCAUUCCUACGCGUCAUCUGGAACGAAAUGUCUGUGCAGUAUGCGGUAACCAACUGUUAACCGAAGUUAACGAGACGGGUGUAAUCGAAGAUACGUAUAAGUUAUCCUGUGAUCAUGUUUUUCAUGAAUUUUGCAUAAGGGGGUGGUGCAUCAUCGGGAAAAAACAAACUUGUCCGUAUUGCAAGGAGAAGGUCGACCUAAAGAAAAUGUUCUGUAACCCGUGGGAACGACCUCACGUGCUCUACGGCCAAUUACUUGACUGGAUUCGAUGGCUAGUUGCGUGGCAGCCCUUGAUAUUGUUCAUCGUACAAGGUAUCAACUGGGUGCUCGGAUUAGAAUAGCAACUUGUCGCAGUGCUUUUGCUGUGCUAUCGUCCACAACAGUCGGAGCAGCAAGUAACUGUUUCCUCAUAUGUAUCUAUGCCGCCAUCAAUGUCAGUAUAUUUUGUUGUAGGGAGCAUUGACACCAAAACUAGCGCUGAGCGUAAAUAGAAUUGUAGGAAUCAGGUUUAUGUUUAAGUUAAGGUUGUGCAAUCGGAUUUUCUAUUCUGUUUUGGUAAUCCAACAUUUGAGCGCACUACGAGUUUUGUGUAUGUUGCAUUGAUUUAGGUAAAUACAUCGAUAAUAAUUGCUAAUGAAUAGCAAAAUCAAAAAAGGCGUGCGUAAAAGUGUUAUGUUCCAAUUUUAAUGAAAUGCACUCCAAUCUAUCCUAUCAUUAGAUUUUCUGUUUUGAAACUCUGAACUAAAGAUCCAUUGAAAUAAAAAAAGACAAGACCUAGGUAACAAAG